GGUGACGUGUAGGUCCGCGCCUGCUCCGCCCCCUCCUCCUCGCCGGGUUUGUAGGUUUGUGAGGUGGUCCGGGCGCUAUAUUCGGUGACUGGGAGCGACCUCGGCGAGCUCGGCGUGGGGUGCAGAGGAAAGCAUAGCGGUGCAUCCUCCCACUGGCAUAUUCAGCUCUGCCCUCCGCUCCCCAAGCGGCGUGGAAAGUAAAAAUGAAAACGAAAGGGAGGGAGACGCGAAGGUAGGAGCUGACCGAGUGAUGGGAAGCGCGUGAGCUGGGGCCGAGAGUUUCAAGUUUCUCCUUGUAUGGAUCACUGAUUGAAUAAUAGAUGGCUUUACCUCGUCUCACAGGAGCUUUGCGCUCCUUUUCAAAUGUCACCAAGCAAGAUAAUUAUAAUGAAGAAGUGGCUGACUUAAAGGUGAAGCGGUCUAAACUUCAUGAACAAAUUGUAGAUUUGGAUGUGACAUGGGAGAAGAUAGUAAAAUUUUUGAAUGAAAAACUGGAGAAGAGUGAAAUGCAAAGUGUAAAUGAAGACUUAAGUGAUAUAUUGCAGGCUGCAAAACAGAUAGUUGGAAUAGAUAAUGGGAAAGAAGCAAUUGAAAGUGCGGCUGCAUUUCUCUUCAAGACAUUUCACUUGAAGGACUCUGUUGGUCACAAGGAGACAAAGGCUAUCAAACAGAUGUUUGGUCCCUUUCCAUCAUCAUCUGCCACUGCAGCUUGUAAUGCUACAAAUCGAAUCACUUCUCGUUUUCAUCAAGACAAUCUUACUGCUCUUAUCCAGAUAACAGAAGAAGAAUAUGGUGAUAGAGUUUUAUUUGGUAAAAAUUUAGCAUUUUCAUUUGACAUGCAUGAUUUGGACCACUUUGAUGAACUGCCAAUAAAUGGUGAACCCCAGAAAACUAUAAGCCUUGAUUAUAAGAAGUUUCUGAAUGAACAUUUUCAGGAGCAUUCCACCCCAGCUCUCAAGCCUGUGGAAAAAACAAAUGACUCCUUUUUGUGGUGUGAAGUUGAGAAGUACUUAAAUGCAACUUUAAAUGAAAUGGCUGAAGCAACAAGAAUAGAAGACCUUUGCUGUACUUUAUAUGAUAUGCUUGCUUCCGUUAAAAGUGGUGAUGAACUUCAGAACGAGCUAUUUGAACUGCUGGGACCUGAUGGACUUGAACUUAUUGAGAAACUCCUUCAGAACAGAAUUACAAUUGUGGAUAGAUUUCUUAAUUCUUCAAAUGAUCAUAAGUUGCAGGCUCUUCAAGACAAUUGCAAAAAACUAUUAGGAGAAAAUGCUAAACCUAAUUAUGGUUGUCAAGUUACUAUUCAAUCUGAACAAGAAAAGCAAUUAAUGAAACAGUAUCGCCGUGAAGAAAAAAGAAUUGCCAGACGAGAAAGAAAGGCUGGAGAAGAUGGAGAAGUUGCAGAAGGACUUAUGUGCUUUGAUCCUAAGGAAUUGCGGAUACAAAGAGAGCAGGCACUUCUGAAUGCUAGAAGUGUUCCAAUUCUGAGCAGGCAGAGAGAUAUGGAUAUUGAAAAAAUACGUUAUCCCCACGUUUAUGAUUCCCAGGCUGAAGCCAUGAGAACAUCAGCAUUCAUUGCUGGUGCAAAGAUGAUUUUACCAGAAGGAAUCCAAAGAGAGAAUAACAAGAUGUAUGAAGAAGUAAAGAUACCCUAUAGUGAACCAAUGCCAGUUGGCUUUGAGGAAAAACCAGUUUAUAUCCAAGACUUAGAUGAGAUUGGACAGCUGGCUUUUAAAGGAAUGAGGAGACUCAAUAGAAUCCAGUCAAUCGUGUUUGAGACUGCCUACAACACCAAUGAGAAUAUGCUGAUUUGUGCCCCUACUGGGGCUGGAAAGACCAACAUUGCAAUGCUUACAGUUUUGCAUGAAAUACGCCAGCAUUUUCAACAAGGUGUUAUCAAAAAGAAUGAAUUUAAGAUUGUAUAUGUUGCUCCAAUGAAAGCCUUGGCAGCUGAAAUGACAAAUUACUUCAGCAAACGUCUAGAGCCCCUGGGCAUCGUUGUGAAAGAACUGACUGGGGAUAUGCAGUUGUCAAAAAAUGAAAUUUUACGAACUCAGAUGCUUGUGACCACUCCAGAAAAAUGGGAUGUAGUGACAAGAAAGAGUGUCGGCGAUGUAGCUCUUUCCCAAAUUGUAAAGCUCCUUAUUCUUGAUGAAGUUCAUUUGCUGCAUGAAGAUAGAGGACCAGUGUUAGAAAGCAUAGUGGCACGUACUUUACGGCAGGUGGAAUCCACACAGAGUAUGAUAAGAAUUCUUGGGCUGUCUGCGACCUUACCCAACUACCUCGAUGUUGCUACGUUUUUACACGUUAAUCCCUGUAUUGGACUUUUCUACUUUGAUGGCCGUUUUCGACCAGUUCCUCUUGGACAGACAUUUCUGGGGGUUAAAAGUGCAAAUAAGGUACAACAAUUGAAUAACAUGGACGAAGUAUGCUAUGAAAGUGUUUUGAAGCAAGUAAAGGCUGGACACCAGGUGAUGGUGUUUGUACAUGCUCGAAAUGCCACUGUAAGAACAGCUAUGUCUCUAAUAGAAAGAGCAAAAAAUAGUGGUCAGAUUUCCUUCUUUUUACCUACACAAGGACCUGACUAUGGACAUGCAGAAAAACAGGUGCAGAAGUCAAGAAAUAAACAAGUACGAGAAUUAUUUCCAGAUGGCUUUAGUAUUCAUCAUGCCGGAAUGCUUCGGCAGGACAGAAAUUUGGUUGAAAACCUGUUUUCUAAUGGGCAUAUCAAAGUUCUAGUCUGUACAGCGACGUUAGCCUGGGGUGUCAAUCUUCCUGCUCAUGCUGUUAUUAUUAAGGGAACACAAAUAUAUGCUGCAAAAAGAGGCUCGUUUGUUGACCUUGGAAUUUUAGAUGUCAUGCAGAUAUUUGGUCGAGCUGGAAGACCACAAUUUGACAAAUUUGGGGAAGGAAUCAUCAUAACAACACAUGACAAACUCAGCCAUUACCUCACUUUGCUCACUCAACAAAACCCAAUUGAGAGUCAGUUUCUGGAAAGCCUUGCAGAUAACCUAAAUGCAGAGAUUGCUCUGGGAACAGUUACUAAUGUGGAAGAAGCGGUGAAGUGGAUAAGUUACACUUAUCUUUAUGUACGGAUGAGAGCAAAUCCAUUAGUAUAUGGCAUCAGUCACAAGGCUUAUCAGAUUGACCCAACAUUAGCAAAGCAUCGAGAACAGUUGGUCAUUGAAGUUGGUCGAAAACUAGACAAAGCUCGGAUGAUUCGUUUUGAAGAGCGAACUGGAUAUUUUUCCUCAACUGAUUUGGGUAGAACUGCCAGCCACUACUAUAUUAAAUACAACACCAUUGAGACCUUCAAUGAAUUCUUUGAUGCUCACAAAACUGAAAGUGAUAUUUUUGCUAUAGUCUCCAAAGCUGAAGAAUUUGAUCAAAUCAAGGUCAGAGAAGAGGAAAUAGAGGAGCUAGAUGCCUUAUUAAACAAUUUCUGUGAACUCGCAGCUCCUGGAGGUGUAGAGAACAGUUAUGGGAAAAUAAACAUCCUACUUCAAACUUACAUCAGCCGAGGAGAGAUGGACAGUUUCUCCCUUAUAUCAGAUUCUGCAUAUGUUGCACAAAAUGCAGCUAGAAUUGUCCGUGCUCUUUUUGAAAUUGCUCUGAGGAAACGUUGGCCUGCCAUGACCUACAGGCUCCUGAAUCUUAGUAAAGUCAUUGACAAGAGGCUUUGGGGUUGGGCUAGCCCUUUGAGACAGUUUUCAGUCUUACCACCACACAUUCUAACAAGAUUAGAAGAAAAAAAUCUUACUGUGGAUAAGCUGAAAGACAUGAGGAAAGAUGAAAUAGGUCACAUGCUGCAUCAUGUGAAUAUUGGACUCAAGGUCAAACAAUGUGUUCAUCAGAUUCCUUCUGUUACAAUGGAAGCAUCCAUUCAGCCCAUCACACGAACCGUCCUCCGAGUGACACUUAGUGUCUGUCCUGAUUUUACUUGGAAUGAUCAGGUCCAUGGGACAGUAGGAGAACCUUGGUGGAUUUGGGUAGAAGAUCCUACAAAUGAUCAUAUUUAUCAUUCAGAGUAUUUUCUAGUUCUGAAAAAACAGGUCAUUAGUAAAGAAGCUCAACUUCUGGUAUUUACAAUCCCUAUUUUUGAGCCCUUGCCUUCCCAAUACUACAUCCGAGCAGUGUCUGAUAGAUGGUUAGGAGCUGAGGCUGUAUGUAUUAUCAACUUUCAACAUCUGAUUCUGCCAGAGAGACAUCCUCCCCACACAGAAUUACUGGAUCUUCAGCCUUUACCAAUCACAGCUUUGGGAUGUGAAGCGUAUGAAGCACUGUACAACUUUAGCCACUUUAACCCUGUACAGACACAGAUAUUUCAUACACUGUAUCACACAGACUGUAAUGUCCUACUUGGAGCACCUACUGGAUCAGGAAAGACUGUUGCUGCCGAAUUAGCCAUUUUCAGAGUCUUCAACAAGUACCCUACUUCAAAGGCAGUUUAUAUUGCACCCUUAAAAGCCCUUGUACGUGAAAGAAUGGAUGAUUGGAAGGUUAGAAUAGAAGAAAAACUUGGCAAAAAAGUUAUUGAACUCACUGGGGAUGUGACUCCCGAUAUGAAAUCCAUUGCUAAGGCUGAUCUUAUCGUCACUACACCAGAGAAGUGGGAUGGAGUCAGCAGAAGCUGGCAGAAUAGGAACUAUGUGAAGCAAGUCACUAUUCUCAUCAUCGAUGAGAUCCAUCUGCUUGGGGAGGAAAGAGGCCCUGUUCUAGAAGUCAUUGUAUCUCGAACAAAUUUCAUCUCUUCACACACAGAAAAGCCUGUUAGAAUAGUUGGACUCUCUACCGCGUUAGCUAAUGCCAGAGACCUUGCUGACUGGCUCAAUAUCCAUCAGAUGGGCUUGUUCAACUUCCGACCAUCAGUACGUCCAGUUCCACUGGAAGUUCACAUUCAAGGCUUCCCAGGUCAACAUUACUGUCCUCGUAUGGCUAGUAUGAAUAAGCCUACGUUUCAAGCAAUUAGAAGCCAUUCUCCAGCCAAACCUGUUUUGAUAUUUGUCUCAUCAAGACGUCAAACUCGUCUUACUGCUUUGGAAUUGAUAGCCUUUCUGGCUACUGAAGAAGAUCCAAAGCAGUGGUUGAAUAUGGAUGAAAGAGAGAUGGAGAACAUCAUUGGAACGCUAAGAGAUUCCAACCUGAAGCUGACACUUGCUUUUGGAAUAGGAAUGCAUCAUGCUGGACUACACGAGAGGGACCGAAAAACAGUAGAGGAGCUGUUUGUAAACUGUAAAGUUCAGGUUCUGAUUGCUACAAGUACAUUAGCCUGGGGUGUAAACUUUCCAGCUCACUUAGUAAUUAUUAAGGGAACAGAAUAUUAUGAUGGAAAAACAAGACGUUAUGUGGAUUUUCCCAUUACAGAUGUACUCCAGAUGAUGGGGCGUGCUGGGAGGCCUCAAUUUGAUGACCAAGGCAAAGCUGUAAUUCUGGUUCAUGAUAUAAAGAAAGACUUUUACAAAAAAUUUCUUUAUGAACCUUUCCCAGUAGAGUCAAGCUUAUUGGGAGUGCUGUCUGACCAUUUAAACGCAGAGAUUGCUGGUGGUACAAUUACAUCUAAGCAAGAUGCAAUGGAUUAUAUCACUUGGACCUACUUUUUCCGACGUCUUAUCAUGAACCCCAGCUACUACAAUUUGAGUGAUGUGAGCCAUGAUUCUGUGAACAAAUUUCUGUCCAGUCUGGUUGAGAAGUCUCUGGUUGAAUUGGAACAUUCCUACUGUAUUGAAAUUGGAGAGGAUAAUCGGAGCAUUGAACCUCUGACAUAUGGCCGAAUUGCUUCUUACUACUAUUUGAAGCACCAAACAGUUAAAAUGUUCAAGGAGCGCUUGAAACCUGAAUGUGGUACUGAAGAAUUGCUUUCCAUUUUGAGCGAUGCAGAAGAAUACACAGAUUUGCCAGUAAGACAUAAUGAAGAUCAUAUGAAUAGUGAACUGGCAAAAUGUCUUCCCUUUGAAUCAAAUCCUCAUUCAUUUGAUAGCCCUCACACCAAAGCACAUCUCCUACUACAAGCACAUCUCAGCAGAACUAUGCUGCCCUGCCCAGAUUAUGACACUGAUACCAAAACAGUCUUGGACCAAGCACUCAGAGUAUGUCAGGCAAUGCUGGAUGUGGCUGCAAACCAGGGCUGGCUGGUGACUGCCCUGAAUAUCACCAAUCUGGUUCAGAUGGUGAUCCAGGGUCGAUGGUUAAAGGACUCUUCUCUUCUUUCAGUACCAAACAUAGAACACCACCAUCUUCACGUUUUCAAGAAAUGGAGCCCAGGUAUAAAGGGUGUACAUGGUGGGGGCCAUGGUCUCAUCGAUUGCCUUCCUGAACUGAUCCAUGCCUGCGGAGGGAAAGACCAUGUAUUCAGUUCCAUGAUGGAAAAUGAGCUACCAGCUGUAAAAAUGAAGCAGGCAUGGAAUUUCUUAUCCCGCUUGCCAGUGCUAGAUGUUGGCUUAAGUGUCAAAGGCUGGUGGGAUGACUCAGUGGAGGGACAUGAUGAACUCUCUAUCACAACUCUGACUGCAGACAAACGAAAUGACAACAGGUGGAUCAGAUUGCAUGCUGAUCAAGAGUAUGUGCUUCAAGUCAGCUUGCAGAGAGUCCACUUUGGGUCCCACAAGGGAAAGCAAGACAGCCACGCAGUUACCCCCCGAUUUCCCAAAUUAAAAGAUGAAGGAUGGUUUUUGAUAUUAGGAGAAGUGGAUAAGAGAGAACUCAUCGCUUUGAAAAGAGUAGGAUAUGUUCGAAAUCAUCACGUUGUUUCCAUUUCUUUUUAUACCCCUGAACUACCUGGAAGGUAUAUCUACACACUGUAUCUCAUGAGCGACUGCUACCUUGGCCUGGACCAGCAGUAUGACAUUCAUCUCAACGUCACACCAGCGAGCAUUUCCGCACAGGUCAACGAGGAGGUCUCCGAGGCCUUGACUGACCUGAAAGUGAAGUAACCUGACCUGAACAGUCCAUGUGAGAGAAGUGGUUAAGAAGUCUGACUGUUCAUUCAUCUAGACAAAGCCAAAUUACUUGAUGUUUGCCUUGGUGGAAUCAACUUCUGACCUCAAGACACCCAGGAAAUCGACACGGCCGCAGUAUUGACUCCAGAAACACAAAGCUAACUGCGGUGCCUUUUCACAAAUGUUGCCUUUUAUAGUGUUGUCUCCAUGGGUUUCUUGAUAUGUGAAAUGAACACGCAUGUGGGAGAACCCUGUGUAUAUUGAGAUGAGAUUUAAGAAUUACACAUCAAAUUUUGUAUCUCACAGUGUAAUGUUUACAAGAAUGCUGGUUUCUUUUUUUCUAAGGAAAACUACACUGAGGCCUGACAGUGUUAGGAUUUGUUGUAACAGAUUUCUAACCCUGCAGCAUAAAAUACAUACGAUAAAUCUGUAUGGAGGCACAUAAUGUGGGUCGUUAGCAAAAUUUAUACUUUGACUAUAUGUAGUUUCAAGAAUUUCUUAUAGUCAAAAAUGUUAAUAAUAUAUGAUGUAAAACUAUAUUGCAGAGCCCAAUGAUAAAGACAACAGAAUAUACUGAUCUUAGAAAAUGUAGAUACUGUAACUGGUGGAAAUAAAAUAUUUAGAGUGCCACUUCAGGACAAGCUGAUUCAGUUCUCUCUCCUGCUUCCUUCCCCUUUAUUCCCCCUUACUCUUCUUUUCUUUUCAUGACCUCUGCUUCAAGACUUCAUUUCCGUUCUCUUUCCAAUGUAUUUAUUUAGAGAGAAGUACAGUCUAAUUCGUAUUGUAACAGGGACAGACCUCACAGUACAAUUCGUCAUCUUUAUGCCUUCCAAGACAGGUCUGAGGCAAACACAGAACAUUUCCAGCCCCUCCAGGUAGGUUUUCAGUUGUGAUAAAGAAAGUAUCUCUAUGUCCAUUCGGUUUCCAUCAUGAAAAAUACUUUUUUCAAACACUAAAAUGUUGUUAGAAUCCAAUGUCUAUAUAAUAUACAGAAUGAAAUUCUAUCCUUGGAAAGUAAUUUCAGUUGUUCCUGGUCCUGUAAUGAAUUAUUUUAAAAUACUUUCCAAUGUAAACACAAGUACUAGAAUUUAAAAGUUUUUCAUAAACUGGAAUAUAUUGCUUUUGUGUGCCUUCUUGUCCAGGCUGAACAAUAAUAAUAAUAAUAAUAAAGUAAGAAUGAAUAAAAGUGGGGUGGGGAGACAGGCAUGCACUCCACAAAAUUAAAUCUGAGUGAUGAAUGGGAAGACACUGAAGUCCAGUGGGUACGAGGGGUCUGAAGGGCUCUUGUCUCAGAAAUUUACUCCACAUAAAGGGUUAUUUCUGCUUUUCCUUUGGUGGUUUAUUUCCUAAUUGAAGUUUAUACCUUAACCCCUGUUUUAGUGGAAUUAAAUGAAAAUGAAAGGUUAUGGACGAAUGGUCAUCAGUCUCUGCAGGAAGCUGAGAAGAAACCGUCUCAUUGUCUUCAUGUUUCUCAGCAUCACUUCUUUUUGUUGAGAGACCAUGCAGGUGUGGGGAGGUAGGAAUCUACUUCACUGGACAUGUGACACAGGACAUAGGAGCAAUAAGAAAGAAUUUCUCUUCUGUCCCUCAGAGAGAGGGAAAAAUAACAUGACUGAUUAAAUUCUAAAAUUAAGAGUGAUUAGUUUGCAAUAAGGCGCAGAAGACACUAGUGAGGCAAGGUGUGCUUGGAUGGAAACAUUCCAUCCCAGUGAGUGAUGAACGCUCUUUGUCUAUGACUUUAUUCUCGCUCAUAACUCAACCAAAAUGUUAGUGUUAAGUAUGCAUUCUAACAGGACAUCUGUGCCAACAUAAUCAGACUAAUUUCAUAUUCCAUUUUAUAUUCCUCUGGAUUUCAUCAAGUUCAAAUAAUUGAAAUGCCAGUCAGAUACUCGUUCUAGGUAGUAUGUUGAGUACUCUGAUACCCACAUGAAUCAGAGACAUAUCCUACCCUUAAGGCAGCCUGGUGAUGAAGAGGUAGAUAGUUAUAAUAAAAGUAACUGCAGCAGUGAGAUAUUAUUCUAAAAAAAAAAAAUCAUGAAACGAUAUGUAGGCUGAGAUUUGAAGAUGAUUAGAAUUGUGAAAGCAGAGAUGAAAGAACAAUCCAGGUAGAUCAGCAUUAACAAAGGCUCUGAGAACACCCCGCCUAGGAUGUCCAGUUGGUCUGCUCUUUCAGAAACAUGAAAGGAAUCAAUAGGCAAGAAGGAUGGAAAAAUCUGGAGUGAUCUUGAGUUAGAGGGUAAGGACAGCAAGUCUUAUGUGUAGACAGUACAAUUCCCUGUCAGGUCACCACAGAAGAUUAUGACAAUGGACAUUCUGAGAGUGGAACGGAGAAGUGGAGACAUGAGCUAGCCAGGAGUGUGGGAAGGCAUGUGUGCCUAUGGUGGGUCAUGUGUACUAAAUAUAAGAAGCCUAGGAAGUAAGAACCAAAUCAAGAGUUCUGGUUUUGUGGAUAGUAGGUCAUUAAUGAUUGUUAAGAGAGUAAUUUCAGCGAAAUGGGGACGGAGGAAGCUUAGACUGCAGAAGGUAAGGCCUGAGUGGGCAAUGAGAAAGGAGAGGCAGUAAGUUCUGCAGACUUCACUGGCAAAGGUCUCAUGAAAUGAAGUGUGUAGUGAUAGGGUGGACAUUAGUUGGUAAGAAUCAGAAAACGUCUGUUUCCUUCCAAUAUUUUCCCCUGCACAUACAUUUUCCUUACACAUACAUUACCACCAUUGAACUGAAGCUAAAA